UUUUUUUAGGAACGUAUCAGUUUGCAUUCAUGUCGUCACUUCCGCUCCAGCGCUGACUCCAGCUUGCAUCAUUUCCAGUCUCUCUCGGCAUCCCCGGCGGUGGCAGCAGGCAGCAUACGACACCAUGGUGGAGCCAGUCCCUGAAUCCAUCAACUUUCCCUCUGAGGAGGAGAAGAUCCUGAAGUUUUGGCAAGACAAGGACUGCUUCCAGGAAUGCCUCAAACAGUCCAAGAACAGGCCCAAGUACACCUUCUACGACGGGCCUCCCUUUGCCACGGGUCUACCCCACUAUGGUCACAUCCUAGCCGGGACCAUCAAGGACAUUGUUACCCGCUUUGCCCACCAGAGCGGCUUCCAUGUUGACCGGCGCUUUGGCUGGGAUUGUCAUGGGCUGCCUGUGGAGUAUGAGAUUGAUAAGACAUUGGGGAUCAAAGGGCCUGAAGAUGUGGCCAAGAUGGGCAUUGCUGAGUACAACAAGCAGUGCAGGAACAUUGUCAUGAGAUACUCCAACGAGUGGGAGAAUUCAGUGAAGCGAAUGGGCAGGUGGAUUGACUUCGACAAUGACUACAAGACCCUCUACCCAUGGUUCAUGGAGACUGUCUGGUGGGUGUUCAAACAGUUGUAUGACAAGGGUCUGGUCUACCGAGGUGUCAAAGUCAUGCCUUUCUCCACUGCCUGCAACACCCCUCUCUCCAACUUUGAGUCCCACCAGAACUACAAGGAUGUUCAGGAUCCAUCUGUCAUCGUCAACUUCCCACUGGUUGAGGAUCCGGAUGUCUCUUUGAUCGCCUGGACGACAACACCCUGGACACUGCCUAGCAACCUGGCCCUGUGUGUCAACCCGGAGUUCAUAUAUGUUAAAGUCAAAGAUAACACCGCAGGCAAGACCUAUAUUAUGAUGGAGGCCAGGCUUGGAGCUCUGUUUAAGUCAGAGGGCGAGUACACGCUGCUGGACAAAUUUCCUGGCAAGAUGCUGAAAGGGAAAAAAUACAAGCCUCUCUUUGAGUACUUUUCCGAGUGUGGGGAGAAAGGAGCGUUCCAGGUGGUGAUGGAUAACUACGUCAAAGAGGAGGAGGGCACAGGAGUCGUCCACCAGGCACCUUACUUUGGAGCUGAUGAUUACAGGGUGUGCACUGAAUACAAGAUCAUCCAGAGGGACCAGGCUCCAAUCUGCCCUGUGGACGCCUCGGGCUGCUUCACGUCAGAGGUCACCGACUUUGCGGGACAGUAUGUCAAAGAUGCUGACAAGAACAUCAUCAAGUGGCUGAAGGAGAAGGGCCGCCUCAUCAAUGCCAGCAGUUUCAAACAUAAUUACCCCUUCUGCUGGAGGUCUGACACGCCCCUGAUCUACAAAGCCGUCCCCAGCUGGUUUAUCCGAGUGGAGCACAUGGUCGACAAAUUACUAGACAACAAUGGAAAAUGCUACUGGGUUCCAGAGUUUGUUGGUGAGAAGCGUUUCGGGAACUGGCUGAGAGACGCUCGUGACUGGGCUAUUUCAAGGAACCGUUACUGGGGAACACCGAUCCCGAUUUGGGUCAGCGAUGACUUCGAAGAGGUGGUGUGUGUGGGGUCCAUGGCUGAACUGGAGGAACUGAGCGGAGUCAAAGUAACUGAUCUGCAUCGGGAGAGCAUUGACGGUCUAACAAUCCCGUCGCGGUGUGGUAAGGGAACACUGCGGAGGAUCACAGAGGUGUUUGACUGCUGGUUUGAGAGCGGCAGCAUGCCAUACGCACAGGUCCACUACCCCUUCGAAAACAGGAAGGAGUUUGAGGACACUUUCCCUGCAGAUUUCAUCGCUGAAGGCAUCGACCAGACAAGGGGAUGGUUCUACACCCUGUUGGUUCUCUCCACAGCCCUGUUCGGCAAACCGCCCUUCAAGAAUGUCAUUGUUAAUGGCUUGGUACUGGCUAGCGAUGGACAGAAGAUGAGCAAGCGCAAGAAGAACUAUCCGGAUCCGGGACUGAUAGUGCAGAGCUAUGGAGCCGAUGCCCUCAGACUGUACCUCAUCAACUCUCCUGUCGUGAGAGCAGAGAACCUGCGCUUCAAAGAGGAGGGCGUGCGGGAUGUGUUGAAAGACGUCUUCCUGCCGUGGUAUAAUGCCUAUCGCUUUCUGGUGCAGAACGUUCAAAGGUUACAGAAGGAGGAUGAGAUGCGGUUUCUGUACAAUGAGAACACGGCGAAGCAGAGUGACAAUAUCAUGGACAAAUGGAUUCAGUCCUUCACACAGUCCCUCAUCCAGUUCUUCAAGGCAGAGAUGGAUGCUUACCGCCUCUACACUGUCGUGCCUCGCCUGGUAAAGUUUGUGGACAUGCUAACCAACUGGUACGUCAGGACCAACAGACGCCGUCUGAAGGGAGAGAGUGGCACUGAGGACUGCCUGUGGGCGCUGGAAACCCUCUUCAGUGUUCUGUUCUCCAUGUGCAGGCUGAUGGCUCCACUCACACCCUUCAUUACAGAGAUGAUGUACCAAAAUCUGCGUCACCUCAUCGACCCCGCCUCUGUCGAAGACAAGGACUCCGGAAGCAUUCACUAUCUCAUGCUGCCACAAGUCAGGGAGAGUGUGAUUGAUAAGCGCAUUGAGAGUGCCGUCUGUCAGAUGCAGUCUGUGAUCGAGCUGGGCAGAGUGAUCCGUGACAGGAAGACCCUGCCCGUCAAGUACCCUUUGAAGGAGGUGGUAGUUAUUCACCAGGAUCCAGAGGCUCUGAGAGACAUCCAGUCCCUUCAGAAAUUCAUCCUCGAAGAGCUCAAUGUGCGUCAGUUAACACUGUCAACAGACAAGGACAAGUACGGUAUCCACCUGAGAGCCGAGCCAGACCACAUGGUGUUGGGCAAGAGACUAAAGGGGGCCUUCAAAGCCAUCACUGCUUCUAUCAAGGAGCUCACCAGCGAACAACUAGAGGCCUUCCAGAAGUCAGGAUCCAUCACGGUGGACGGCCACGAGCUUCACGAGGAGGACCUGAGGCUGAUGUACACCUUCAACCAGAACUCAGACUCUGCUGCCCAGUAUGAAGCACACUCGGACGCGCAGGUUCUGGUGCUGUUGGACGUCUCCCCAGACCAGUCCAUGGUGGAUGAAGGCGUCGCCCGAGAAGUCAUCAACCGCAUUCAGAAACUACGCAAGAAGGGUCAUUUGGUGCCGUCAGAUGAGAUAACCGUGUACUACCGCUGCCAGCCAGAGGGGGAGUACUUGGACUCUGUGAUCAAGGCUCACACUGACUUCAUCCUGGCGACCACCAAAGCUCCACUUCUGCCUUUCCCUGUUCCCAACACUGCCAGUGUCAUCAUAGCGGAGAAGACUCAGUUGAAGGGUUCAGACUUGGAGUUAACCAUUGUAAAGAGAUCUUCAGCCCCUCGUGUCUCUCUGAAUGGACCUGCUUGCACCUUUGUGAAUCUGAGGGUGAAGGUCAACAACAAAGAACAAGAGGGGGUGGUGCUGCUGGAGAACCCCAGAGGAGACAACAGAGUAGACGUGGACAAGCUGAAGAAAGUCUGCACCAGCGUCUUUGGAACAAACAACACCAAGCUCAGAUUCUUCAAUGGCGGGGCUGAGUUGACCAGCAAAACUGACCUUCACGCUCUGAGUGGUAAAACUUUGUCAGCGACCUCGGGCCCCUUGUCCCCCGGCCCCGUCCCCACCACCGACGCCCUCCUGUGUCCAUACGUGAACCUGCUGCUCUGCAACGCACAGCCGGCUGAAUGCCAGACAGGAGAGGUGGGCACCCUCCUGCUGAUGAAUCCAAUGGGACAGAAUGGGCUGGACUACUCGGGCCUCCUGUCUGAGACUGCCAAGGUUUUCGGCCUUCGCAGCAGAUGGCUCAAGCUCUACCUGGACCAGGACCUCACCCAGGAGCUGCCGGCGGAUUCAUCUGUAAAAUCUCUAGACACCAAAACUCUGUUUGUGAGAGUUCUUCCAACAACUGCCGAAACAUAAAUCCAAAGAAGCCAUCCGAGGAUCUUACCAUCAACAUUUGUCUCAGCUAUAUAUCACAAGUUCCCAGAAAGUUUUUUUCCUAAUCUGCUUUAAUCCCAGUUGCUCCUGAUGUCCACUGGAUUUAUGACAACAUAAUGCGUGCCAUGUAUUUUUUGGGGGGGAAUUUCUGAUGUGAAGCAGGUGUGUCUGUCAAAUUCACAACUGUCUCCAUAGAUUCACAUUAUGUCUUGAAGUUUCUCGAGAAGACACAAAAUGAUCAUGGCUGAAGAUGAGUUUAAUGUGUUUAAAAACAUUUUGAGACAUGAUUACUGUUCUCUUCCCUGAUGCAGUUUCUUUCUCUCAUACUCUUCAAUUUGUCACGAGUUUCAUGUAACAGUUUUCUAAGAAAGCACAUUGUGUUGUUGGGCUUUAUUUAUUCUGGACAGAGAAGAGAUUUAGACAUUUGACUAAAAAGUAAAUGCACUUCAAGAAUACAAGGCUCGUUUAUUCACAGCAGCUGAACAGAUGUGUGAUCAUGACUUUUAACCACUGCAAAAGGAAAACCGAUGUUUCUUUAUGUCAAUUUUAAUCAAUUUCUUUCAGUGAGUAACUUGGAAAUUAAGAUUCCAUGGAACUCCCUAGCUUUUCAACAUUACCAAUGGCUGUUCUUCUUUAUUAAGCUAAUUAUAAAAAUUAUGCAAGCUGCAGCCCUUCAAGGCUGAUUUGAGGUGAGCUUAGUCUAGAGCAAUUAUUGCUGUGGCUCAUAAAUGGGAAACCAAUUUGGUCUAUUGUGCUUCAACACCAUUUUGAAUUUAACAGAUAAACCUAUUCUGUUCAUUGUAUUGGGGAUUCUUUGACAAUUGAAAAGGCAUUUAAAUGGUGAAAUUGAUUUUCUGGCUGCUUCACCUAAGGGACAAAGGGGUUCUGUAAUGAAAAAAAAGCAACAAAUGGAUAAUGUACUAUUUUAAGUGACAAAUGGAAUAAAUCAAAGGUGACAACAAAUUAA